UUUUCAACACAGUGGUUUACGAAGUUGUGUCCUCGUGUUAAAUCUAAACCAACACACAAUACAUAUAGUUUAGAGAUGGGUCGCAAAAGAGAUCCCUUGGACGAAAAGCCGAAGUCCGGCCCUGGACGGAAGACAAAAAAACAAAAGCCACCAUCUUUCAGUGGAACUAAAUUUGAAGGUAAAAUUUUGAAUCGAAUUUUGAAUUAAAUGAAAAUGAAUGCAGCUUAGAAUUAUUAAAAUUAAUGUUGUUGCUGUUAAUGUUGAGUAGGCUCACUAGUCCAGGCUGGGCUGUAUCAUUCAUGUAAAUAGUAAAUUGUAAAUGUAUGCCACUCAACACUGUAACUGUAUGCAAGACUGCAUACUGUAUAAGUAUGUGGCUUUUACUUUUUGUGUGUGUAGACAUUUACCCACACAGUACUUCAGUACACCAUUCUGUUCAGCUUUAUUCUUUAUUUGGUGAGCUUAUUUAUACUAUCAUCUCUAGUGUAUCUUGUCUGCUUUAGCCAUCUUAUUAUAUUUUAUUAUUAGUACUUAGACUUAGUACUAUCCUUAUGUGUGAUAUGAAAAAAGUUAAGUAUGACACUUGUUUCACUUACACUGUCACAGUAUCAAGUAUAAGUAUAGCCAAGGUCCAUGGCAUGGCCAUGUAUAUUGUGGCACGGUCAUGGUAAUAAGGGGGAGAGAUUGCCAUCAGGUUAGGAAAAAGGAAAUGAGCGGAACAAACUACAAAAAAAUUUGGGAACAUCUGAAAAAGGGCACAACAAACUAUAAAUGUGUUGGCAAGAAACCUUCGUCGGCGAACAAACAACAGAUAAAUCAACAUUUUAAUUUUUUAUUAGUGUUUAGGUUAAACCCAUUCUAUUAGUAUUAGCUGAGUUAGAGUUAAAGAAGUGAUUAGGCCUUCACAGUUCCCCAAAAUAAAAUAUUUUAUGCCUUUCAUUUUGAAUUAUUUUUCAGAUUCCGAAGAAAUCAAAAAGAAGCUUAGCCAUAGACAGAAAGAACGGUAUAAAUAUAAUAAUAUGUUUUAAUAUAUUGUGUAAGCCUAGUUAUCCUCCACAAUUGCUCCAAAACACAAACCACUGUGACCACAGACUAAACCUGACUAGUUUUGAUGUGUCAGGAGCUAAAACUAAAUAUGUCCAUAAUUUGAUUUUAAUUGUUAAGAUUUUUCAUUAAAAAAAGCAGUGACUUAAGAAGUUUUGAAGUAUGAACAUCAGUAUACAAAAAUAUCAUGCUAUAUCACCAUUGACAUGCUAAGGUUUGCAGUUUGAACAACAAGGAAAUCUUUUUCACACUGAAUAUGCAUUACGUUUUAAUGCAUUUUGUCAAUUGUACUAGAUAUUUGUAUUAGCUAUUAAACUGUAAAUUCAUCUUCUGGUUUUAUAAAAUGAAAAUGUUCUAAAAUAAAAUAUCUUUGAGUCCAUAAAGUACAGUCAUAGGAAAGGGCUCUUCAAAUACAUUUAAAAAAAUACAAUUUUACAGUCUUAAUUUUCAAAACGGGCUUAGAGAAUAUCUGUUUUUCAAUAUGAUGUCAAAUGUAGCGAAUAACCUUUCAGUUAUUUAUAUUUGCCAUUGACAAUUUUGAAAAGCUACUUUGCACUGUUUCAUUUAUUCAAAGACUCAAAAAGAGACAGCUGAAAAAAGAUGCCCCAGCGAAGACUGGACAGAAACGUAAAGGUAAAUCUUAUUUCAGUGCGAAUGGUUUGGUGUGGUGGUAGAAGUAAAUAGUUUCUAGCUCCCAACAUCUUGUACUGACAUACACUAAACAUAUGAAUUGUGUUAAUAUCAUGUAUACGAUCCCUCAGCCAAAGAAUGUUGAUAAUUGUAACAAUUUCUAAAGCAUAUCCUUAACCAUCAGGCAUGAAUAUUAAAGUGCAACGUUUUAAUUUUAUUUUCCUUUCUUACAUUUAUUUUUCAGUAAAUCUUGCAAGUGACAAUGCUGGCAAGAGAGAUGCCAAAAAAGCAAAGGUUUGUAGAGCAAAUAUAUGACAGUCUGUAGCUUUUAAAAGCAGACACUUACAACAGUAGUUAAUACAUGUAAUACUAAGAAUAUAUAUCUAUCUAUCAUAAGCUAUUAAAAUAUUAUAUUUUUCAGCUCUUAUUUGACAGUGAUGGAGAUGACAGUGGAAGUGGUUCUGAAUCAUCUGAAGUGGAAGAAGAUGAACAAGUUAGUUUUUUUUUUUAAUGCUUGAAUAUGUAUAUGCUAUCUUUUUAUAUAGAAACUAAAAAUAUGUAUGUUAUCCAGAUAUGUCAUCUGACAGAUUAAAUCUUUUUAUUAUUCCAUUUCAUGUGCUAGUUAAUAGAAAUGUGAAACUAUGGAAAAUAAGAGAGAAGGCUGUGAUUGAGUUGUAAAUAAGGAAAUAUGAUGCACAUAGUAUGUGUAAGCUUGGGAAAUACAUAUUUAUUUGUUGGAUGGAGAUCAAGCUUUUGCAUACAGUGUCAACUGUUUGUUUCAUAUUCUAAGAGAAAUGUUUUAAAAAUCAGAUUAAAAUGUGCUGAACUGAUAAAUCCCUCUGUGUUUUUUUACUUUACGAAUUAUGUACUUUAUUAUUCCAGGACAUGGAGGUUGAAAAAGCUUCUAAAGUAUUGUUGGAAAAGGAGAAAAUUGAUACGUAAGUUCCUGAAGUCCUUAAAGAUCCACGCCUUAAAAUGUAUAUCGAUUGUGAAGUGGGCCGGUUUUAAAAAACAUUAGAUAAUUAUUCCUUUGCUUAUUGUUAGGCAUUCCUUGUGUAAAAGAAUUUCUUGUCUGUAAUACUGAACAACUUGUAUGUAUACUGUACUCAUUGCAUAAGGUAACAAUAGCUGCUUGGAAGAACAUAUUUUUUUGUUUUUCAGAGAGAUGGCAAAAGCAGAAUUGAUGCUCAACAUUGAGUCACAAGAAAAGUUUGUUCUACCCAGUGGACAAGAGGUGGAAAGGGAAAAUAUCCUUGAUUAAAAAAAAAGAAAAGCUUUUUAGAUUAUAACUGUACUCCUCAAAAUAUGAAUUAAUUAGGUCUUAUUUCAAUAUGAUAAAAAUUAAAGAAAACAUAUUAUAAAUACACAUUUUUUAAAAUGUCAGUUGUUGACCUACCAUCUGUAAUAUAACUUUAUGAAUUUCAAGGAUACUGAUCACUGAAAGAAUGUAAUAGUAAUGAACUUUUAAAUUGGCAGCUAAGUCAAAUUUUGUUGAAUAGGGUUAAGGAAAGCCUUUUAUUACUAAAACUUUUCGUCCUUAACCAUAUGUACCAAUGCUACCACCAGAUCUCGCAAUCUUAGAUAAUAGGAUUGCACACAUACGACAUGUUCUUUCAGACUUCAAUACACGGAGGGAGGCUGGCAGGUAACAAAAGUUAUUACUUAAAUAAAUCUAUUGAGCACCUUAAAUAUAUCUCAUUUGCUGCUUAAAUAUAUCUAUGUGUUAUUAAAGUAUAUCUAUUGUGCCACUGUAGAUCUUAAGAUGAAUCUGAUGAAUUUGUUACAUCCUGCAUCAGAAUUUUGUUUAAUCCACAAAAUAAAAGCACAAUCCAUUCCUUACAUUGUUUGGCCAAAGUUUUUUUUACUGAUUUUGUUAAAACUGGGGUUGGGGGUAUAUUCAAACAUUUUACUUUUCCCUAGUCUGAUCCUUUCUAGAGAAUAAUUAACCAAAAUUAAACAAAAAUAAAUUGCUUGAAUAGAGAAAAUUCCAAAAUUAUGUCGUUACAUGUGAAAAUUUAUUUUUUACAUAAGAUUUAAUUUUAAAAAAAAACUUGUUCUAACAUUUUUAUCCAUAGAGUGUUUAUGUGAUAUUUAUGGCGGAUAUCAUUCUCCUCAAAUUUAGAUCCAGGCAAGAGUACAGAGAGCAGUUGGUUAAAGAUCUGUGUGCUCGUUUUAACUACAAUGAUUUCCUCAUGUCAAAACUGUUGGAUCUAUUCCCAGUAGAGGUGAAUAAUUCCAGCUGAUUCUGUUCUUUAAAACAAAAAGAAGUGUGAAAAUAAAAUAUCUUUGAUUUAAGCAAGCACGUAGCCUACUAUGUUAUGAUCUAUCCACUUCGCAAGCCCGUAGCCUACUAUGUUAUGAUAUAUCCGCUUUGCAAGCUAAUAGCCUACUAUGCAUGUAUGAUAUAUCCACUUUGCAAGCUUGAGACCUACAAAGUUAUGAUAUAUCCACUUCGCAAGCUCGUAGCCUACUAUGUUAUGAUAUAUCCACUUCGCUCGUAGCCUACUAUGUUACGAUAUAUCCACUUUGCAAGCUUGUCGCCUACUAUGUUAUGAUAUAUCCUCUUUGCUAGCUUGAAGCCUACUAUGUUAUGGUAUAUUUACUUUGCAAGCUCAUAGUCUACUAUGUUAUGAUAUAUCCAAUUGGCAAAUUCGUAGCAUACUUUGUUAUGAUAUAUCCACUUUGCAAGCUCGUUGCCUACUUUGUUAUGAUAUAUCCACUUUGCAAGCUCCUAUCCUACUUAUGUUAUGAUAAUCUACUUUGCAAAUUUGCUCAUACAUCUGAAAAAGAUCUGAAGAUUUAAAUCUUUCUCUUGCCUUGCUUUCGCUGGGUCUGUAUUUUUAGGUUUAGCAUACAUUAAUAGAGAUUACUUAAAAACUACCGGUAAAAAUUGUUAGGGAGGUAAUUUGGAUACUCGGGUUUUACAAUACAUUUUUAGAAGAAACUGGUCAUUUGUGUAAUCAGUCACUUCCAAACUCUCGUCCAAAUACUCCAUAAUAUACAGUGUGAGUUUAUACUACAUAAUACUGUAUACACUUUUAAAUUAUACUCCAUAAUAUGCGCUUAGCUUAUACUCCAUAAUAAGUUAGUGUAUAUUCCAUAAUCUACUCUUUUAGUUUAUACUCCAUAAUACUGUAUACUCUUUUAAAUUACACUCCAUAAUAUAUGCUGUUAGGUUAACUUAUACUCCAUAACACUCAAUGGCUUAUAUUCAAGAAUAUAAUUAAGAUUUUAUCAUUCAAUUUAGUUGUAAAGUGACCCAAAAUAAAGUCUGUCAAACUCAGAAGAACUCAAUGAACAAAUGUAAUUAAAGAGUGUAAAUUCUUUUCUUGUUUUUUUUUUUUUUUUUUUUUUUUUUUUGUGUGUAGAUAAUGGACUUUUUAGAAGCCAAUGAGUAUCCUCGCCCAGUCACCAUUCGCACCAACACACUGAAGAACCGGCGUCGUGACUUAGGACCGGUAAUCAUUCAGCAUCUCGUGAUACUAGAAAAAAUAGAACUGCUUUUUUUAAAAGUAGUUAAUUGAAUUAUAAUUAAAGAGUGUAAAUUCUUUUCUUGUUUUUUUUUUUUCUGUGUGUAGAUAAUGGACUUUUUAGAAGCCAAUGAGUAUCCUCGCCCAGUCACCAUUCGCACCAACACACUGAAGACCCGGCGUCGUGACUUAGGACCGGUAAUCAUUCAGCAUCUCGUGAUACUAGAAAAAAUAGAACUGCUUUUUUUAAAAGUAGUUAAUUGAAUUAUUAGAGAAGUAUUUUAAUUUGUGUCAAAUUUUGCUGAAAUACAUUUUUUUUUACUCUUUACUUUAAAUUCUAUAUUUAUCUUUUUAUAAGGUUUUAAUUGACCGUGGUGUUAAUGUUGAACCUAUGGCUAGAUGGAGCAGUGUAGGACUCACAGUUUUUGACACUAAAGUGCCAUUGGGUAAGCACAACAGAUAAAUCCUUUGUUGAUAGAAUGUUUCCUGCUUCAGAUACCUACAUGCUAUAACUAACCAUAUAUCUUUGUGGUAGGCAAACUCCAUCAAUUUUAUUAGAGAAAUUUAUUCCAAACUUAGUGGGGCAAAUUAAUUUUGAAAUGUUAUAAAAAGUUUUGUCUCUGCCUGGCUGUUUUUUUUAUGUGCCAUCUAUAAUUAAUUUCAUGACAAUUUUAGGAGCCACACCAGAGUACUUGGCCGGACACUACAUGCUGCAAGGUGGAGCUAGUUUUUUACCUGUGAUGGCACUGGCACCUCAAGAAAAGGAUAGAAUCCUUGACAUGUGUGCAGCCCCUGGUGGGAAGUCAAGUUACAUUGGUAUGUUAAUCCAUCGUUGUUUUCACACCGCUCCAGUAGUACUCAUUGGCUUGGAUCUGUCCUUGUAAGCCUUUAACUCAUUCCCGGUGGUUGCAACUAAAUGUGUCCUUUGGGGGUUUCGAAGGAUGCGUCCAAAUGAGUCCUAGCACAUAGCAACUCACUUCUCUCAUUUCUAUAUAAAAAUAACAGUGAAAUCUUACAUCCCUGGAGACUUCUGGUGAUGGCGUGAUUCAGCAUGAUUUCAAUUUAAAAACCGGAAGUUUUUAUCUUGUUGCAGUUUAAAAAUAUGUGUGCUUUAGUACGGCGGGUCUUUAUGUAGCAUGUGUUCGCCUUAGGUGCUGAAAAUCGAAUUUUGGUCAUUGUUCAUUAUUUUUUCGCCGUUAAUGUUAUAUUUUUAUUAAACCUUAUUCAUAUUUUGGUGCAUUUGAUUGUAAUUCAUUAACAUUAAAUAAUAUUUAGCAGCUUAUUAAAAUAUUUUACAAAUGUAAAUCAAUUGCAAAAACGGAGCUACUUCCCUUUCUCAGGCAUAUAAAUUGAGUACGGAAGUAACACUGCAAUAAGUUAAGCUAUAAAAAAACAGGCUUUGUUCUCGCUUGGAGCAAGGCAGGAGUGCUAACCUCUAUGUUAAAAGACAUAAUAUUGUGCAUACAAAUUUGGGAGUUAAAAUUAAGUUUAUUUAGGGAGGGGCUGUAAGAAAUGUUACAAUACUCAACAAAAGAUAAUUUUAGGAUGAAUUUUUAUAAUAUUUAGCAGAAAAGUUAUUUUGUUACAUGCAUCAUAUGUCUGCUCUGAAUAUUACAAAUAAAUUUCUCUAAGUGACUAAUAUGAGUGAAGUUUAUUAAAAUUUUCAGGAUAUUUACAUGUAUGUCCUUAAAAUGUAUUGCUGUUAUAAAGUCUCAAACAAGAACCUUUUGAUUUUCUUACAAGGAAUAAGGCCUUAGGGAUAACAUUUCUCACCAUUAUCAAACCAAGAUCUACUCCGAGAUACAUUAUAUUUAAUUAAGUAAAAAAUAUUUCAUGCUUUUUAAAUUGAAAACUUCUAUUAAUAUUUCCAUUAUUAUUGUACAGUAAACUUGAAUGUUUUUAUCCUCACUUGCAAAAACAGCUGCCCUUAUGAAAAAUACGGGUUUACUUUGGGCCAAUGAUGCUAACAAAGACAGAUGCAAGGCUGUUGUAUCCAAUCUUCACAGAAUGGGUGUAAUCAACAGCAUUGUUACAAACUAUGAUGGACGAGGUUUACCAAAGGUAAAGUUAAGUAACAUAUUGUAUCUAAAACAUUUGGCACCUGAUCAUUGCAGAUAAAUUUUUGUAUCCUCUUUGGGGGAUUAAUAUAUCCUAGAAGCAGUAAAGCACCAUCUACAAAAUGAAAAUAACAUCCUUCAUUUCUAACUAGAGAAAUAAUUAAAAUUUAAAUUUCAUCCCCUCUUUGCACACUAGGCAUUUUCAUGUUAAAGUUUUAAAAAAUGGAGUUAUGCAAUUUCUUUCUUGCAUGUCAAGUAUUUUUUUUUUUGUUUUGUAAAGGUAUUUCACAGUUUUGAUAGAGUUUUAUUGGAUGCACCGUGUAGUGGAACAGGAGUUAUUUCUAAGGAUGAAGCUGUCAAAAUAAACAAGGUAAAAACCUUUGUUUUGCCAGGUGAUGUGUACAUUUGUGCUAUACCUGUAUUUUUGUCAUAAUCCAGGUUAUUUGUGAAGUUUUAAACUGCCUGAAGUGGACUGUUUAAAAUUCUGUGUGUGUUUACAGACCUCCCAACCCUUACGACUAUUUUGUCGGAAUUGUACAGAUUUUUUACCCCUUAUUCCGACCUUCCGACAAACACCUUAAAAUUCAGAUUUUUCGAAGUUUAUAAUUUUUCACCCAUCAUAAAAAUCCGAAAGCGACCAAAAAAAAAAUUAAAAAAAUCCGGUUCAACAGGAAGUGUUGCUUUGGAUUUUACAAAGUGCAUACAUGUCCGGCAACUGGACGAAUAAGUGAAUAAAUUCUUUAGAUAUUCAUCCGGCUAGUAUUUAUUUGACCAAGUCACAUGACCACCAUAACAAAGAUGCGCUAGAUAUUUGUCCGUCAGCCUUGUCAUGUGGUCGCUAAUUGUCGAUAGAGUUUACGGUACUUCAUAUUCAACAAAUUCAAGAUAGUCACGAAAAAGAAAUAUGUUGAAUUAUAAAAAAGAAAUACAAGAAUUAUUGCUGGUAAAAAUAAUGAACAAAUGGUUAAAAAGUGACGACGUUUUUUAUAAAGCGUGGCAUGCCUGCCAGAUAAAUAUGUCCCGCACUAUUUGUCUGGUCGCCGGAUGUGCAGUACUGCCAUGUUAUUUUUAUCGAGGCCAAAUGCGAUCUUCAAAUCAUUCUUGAAUCAUCAAUUGAUCCUAUGGCGAUUCAUCCUUUUUACAAGGCUAAAAAAUAAUUUUGACUUUUUUGUUAAAACUUUUCUUAACUAAAUGGUUAAAUCUAUUGAAAGUGAUGGGUACAAUGGUAUUAAUAAACAUUGAAGGAAAUAUUUCUCUAGCCAACUCAGAUCGUUUUAAUCAUAUUUUAUGCCAGAGUCAAAGAAAUGUUUUCAGACUUGCAGAUUGCUUGAAGAUUGUAAAGAAAAAUUACAAUGAAACAAGGGCAAGCAUGAAAGUUUUUACUUUUUAUAACUUGCUUGUAACUAAAAUCAACUGCAAUGCUUAGAUGCUAACUUUAAGUUGUCCAAAGAGCUGUUGGACAAGUGUAAAAGGCCACUAAGGAUAUGCUGGAAACCUGACCCUUACUAAGAGUGUUAGCAGCCUGUGUGUGUGUGUGUACAUAUGUAAAUAAAAUGGAUCUUCUCUUCUGUACUGUAUAUAUCUGUAUAUAAACAUUCCCAGUAAUGCUUGUCUCAUGUUCUGUGGACUGUGGAGGUAGCUUUAUAUUUCUUUAUUUACUAAAAAAAGGCUUGUGCAUUAAUAUAUACAUGUAGAUCUUAAAUGAACUCCCAACGGGGCGCCGCCCCUGGUUGGCAACGGCCCCACUUCCCCCCUGCGUGCAACCCCCCUACAGAUUUUUUUUCUUUGCAGGUUGGCAGGUCUGUGUUUAGCAAUAGGUGUUAUAUUUAAUCAAAGCCAUUGAGGACUUGACAAUUUCAUUUCUUGUAGAUUUCUCAUACUAUUCCUUCCAUCCUACAGGAUGAGAAAGACAUUUUAAGAUGCUCACACUUACAAAAGGAGCUUUUGUUGGCUGCCAUAGACUCAUGCAAUGCUAACUCUAAAACUGGAGGCUUCAUCGUGUACUCAACCUGCUCAAUUCUGGUGAGUCUUAAACUUAUUCCCCCGGCGUGGUGACUUUAGUACUUAAUCUGUAUGCCUGAACAAAGGGAAGUAACUUUCAAAUAAACUGUAUUAGUGAAAAAAAAACUAAAAAAUAAUUCAGUAGGUAAAUUUCAAUUAAUUAUUUUUAACAAAAAAAAAAAGGACAAAUGCAUCCAGCAUUGGAUUAGGUUUAAGAAAAAUAUUACAUCUGCUGCCUAAAAGUAAGAAACACAAAAAGAUCAAUGUUUGGCACUUCGGACGAGCUGUCAAGCCUAUAGACAAAAAAAGGACACAAAAGCCUUAAUUUUUCUUAAUUGAAAUAAUGCAGUAUCACACCAUCGUUGGAAAUCUUGGGGGACACAUGAUUUGGUUGCCCGUUUUAAAUAACAUUGAGAGCACUGUGCCAGCUUGUAUUCUUAGGCGCCCCUGUCAGACCCAUUUAGUAUGAUGUAUUUAGUUACAAACAAUGGGGUCCUUGUAUGAAACAUUUAGUAACAAUCAUUGAAAACCAACUUUAGAAAUUUACUAUUUGUGAUAUUCUAAAUUGAUGUUGUUUAACCGUUUCAUAUUGAAGACUGCAUUACAUUAGCUGUAACAUUUCAUGUCUACCCAUUAAAACUACAUUAUCUGUAAGAUUUAAUAAAUGUGUCUUUUAAGUUACAUUAGCUGUAACAUUCCAUGUCUAUUCAUUAAAACUACAUUAUCUGUAAGAUUUAAUAAAUGUAUCUUUUAAGUUACAUUAGCUGUAACAUUCCAUGUCUAUUCAUUAAAACUACAUUAUCUGUAAGAUUUAAUAAAUGUAUCUUUUAAGCUACAUUAGCUGUAACAUUUCAUAAAUAUGUACCAUAAUUUGUAACUCAUUACUGGCUGGUAUCUGCAUCAAAUGCAGGCAAAAACAUUAAGUAUUAGGAUUUGUUUAGAAAAAUUAUUUUGCAUUCUAAUGAUUAUAUGAUUGCAGGUUAUCCCCCCUAAUGAUAGAUGCACCUAAAAACUAAAAGAGUCAUAUUAAUCUGGUCAUGAGAUGAAAGUCAAAUUGCUUUCAUAUUAUUAUUUUGAAAGUAACAAGCACAUUUCACGGCAUAGCAAAGCUUUAUGUUCUCCUUCUAGGCACCGUGAAUAAUAGAACCAAGUUUGUUAUUAAAAUAUUCACCUUAACAUUGUCUCUCUUAAUCCCUAGGUGGAGGAGAAUGAAUGGGUAGUGGACUUUGCUUUGAAGAAGAGGAAUGUGAAACUUGUCCCUUGUGGAUUGGACUUUGGGAAAGAAGGUUUUAUUAAGUAAGAAAAGACAACUCUUUCCCUUCGACUGAAAAAAAAAUUCGUAACUGUUCCAAUUGAAUGAUGUAUUAGAGUUGAGUUAAACGUUGAGAUGAUUUAACAUGUGCUCUCACAUUCAUUUGUCAUAGAUAUAGAUAUAGAAGAACCAAAACUAAGACCAUCGGUGAACGCUCCUUCUACUUCCAUGGGCCCACGUUCUGGAACCAGCUCCCCUUCCAUAUCCGUCAUUGUGAAACCUCGUCCACUUUCAAAAAGUCCCUUAAAACCCAUCUGUUUAGGUCCGCCUAUGACCUGUGAUGCACCCUCCUUGCCCUGCCUCAUUUUCUGUCUCGGGUUAAUCCUGUAAUAUAGGCCAAAACGUGCCAAAGUGUCCUCGUUUUAUAGCCAUUUUAAUUGUUUCUAUAGUAUAGUAGUUACUAUCCUAGUGUCUCAUUUUUAUUUUACUUAGUUUACAUGUUUUUAAUAAUUGUAAAGCGCUUAGAGCUUUAAGGUAAGGGCUAUAUAAAAAUGCCUAAAUAAAUAAAUAUAGUAAAUUGCAUGAAAUAUUAUUACUGUUUAGUAAAGCACAGCACCAGUAAUCUUGGUAAAAUACUGAUGUAAAUUUUGAACUGACAUUACAGUUUCCAGCAGUACAGAUUUCAUCCCAGCUUGAAGCUGAGUCGCAGGUUUUACCCUCACACACACAACUUGGAUGGAUUCUUUGUGGCUAAAUUGCACAAGUUUAGCAAUAAAAUUCCUGGGACAGGUACGUGUAAAGUUAUAAGUGAAAGUGAUGGCUUACACAAUGAUAACUUACUUACACAGUAAGGGCUUGCGCAAAUCAAGACUUUUUAAAUCUGUGUUGCUCAGUCGUGUUUAUUUUGCAUGUGAAUGGAGUCUUCCUGGACAUUUAUUGAUUGUCAGUGGUGUUCUCCGUCAGCCAACGUUACACACAUUGAUUUUCAAAAAAUAUGUUCUGUUAUAUAAUAAGGUUUUAAUUUAGAGUUAUUUCUCUUCACUACCAUUGGAUUUUUUUUUUGACACCAUCACCCUAAACCUCAACCACGAAUCCAACAUUGUAAUGUUUCUCUAAGAAGGAAAUUUCACAUUGUUUCAUAAUAUUUCUAUUUUUUUUUUUUCUGAUCUUUCUAAUUAUUAUUAAAAAAGGAUACUUUUUAAAGAUUUUUUUUAUUGCUGUAUGAAUAUUUUCUGUAAAUUUACAGAAGCAAGUGUUCUUUUUUAAAACUUUGUUUGUAUGCUAAUAUUUUUAAAAAAGUAGAAAUAUAUGUGCAAUGCAACCUGUCAAUAAGAAAAGGAGAAAAUGUUAAAGCCAUGCGACCAAUUAUAUACUCAUUGGUUAUUAUCAUAGACAUUUUUACAGUGUGUGUAGAUAUAUAUAAAUAUCAACAAUAACGAUUAAACACCCCUUAUUUCAUUCAUCUUCCUAUUAUUGAUAUUGAUUUUCAACAAAAAUUCUAUUCAUUUAGAGACCAAGGAAGUCAACCAUGAGAGCAAUGGCGCUAGCCAGGGUGAAACCAGUAAAGGUAUGUUUCGUUAGAUAACUGUUAUUUGGUGGUAGCUAAUUGAAACCGAAGUUGGCCAAAAAAAAUUGCCAUAAUUACUUCUGUGUUGAGAAAUAAUGUUGUCUUUGCCAAUAAUUCUCACCACCCUGGCAUCUUGUCUGAUUGACUGUGACUACCUUCAUGGAAAAACAGAAAGUUCACAAACAUGAUAAACGAUCAUGAACUUCGAAGCAUGUUAUUUGAGAUCUCUUCAUUUUGUGAAGUUGUUCACGGAAUACAGCCUGGACAUGGAAAAGGUAAACAAGAUUGGCCAAAAGUUCCACGACAUGAACAAUCAGCAGGCCUCACACCUUGCAGCCGAAGCUAAUCGUACCUUUUCUGUUGAAGCAAACAAGAGGUUGUAGAAGAAGAUUCUGAAGUAAAAUAGCUUUAUUACUCAUGUUAUUUAUCCAUGACAUUUUAUUUUUCUCAAAGGAGUUGCCAAAGUGCCAAAGGAAGAGGUGCCCAGCAGUGCAACUGGACAUGUGAAUCAGAGAAAUGUUCAGUUGGGACAGAAAAAACAAAAUGCUCCAAAAAAGAGAAUUAAUCCUCAAAAAGUGAAAAAGUAA